AUGCAUUUACGUAAAUUCAUCAACGAGUUGUUGAUGUUCGCUGUAAGAACAAAAACAGAUCAACUGCGGUUAUCAGGGAGCGGAGUCAUGCACUACGCUUCCGCUCGGUCGCUCAAUACAACACCCACUCCGGGAUAUCCAGCUGCAGCUGCCUCUGCAUCUCCAGAGGGAGUUGUACUCGGCCCCAAAGCUGAACGCGCUUUGCUGGAUUGGAUCCCAGUGAACAGUCGUCUCAGCGCCGUCCGGUUAUCUAAUUCCAUCAAGCUCAAUGUCAAAGGUCGAGUUUACAAUGCGCCCAUAUUACUGUAUGGGUCGGAAACCUGGCCGCUGCGCGCCGAGGACGUUAAAAGACUUUCAGUGUUUGACCAUCGAUGUCUUCGGAGCAUUGCCCGAGUCUGGUGGGAACACCGGACCAGCAAUGCUGAAGACGACCAGAUAAGCCAACUAGCCAACUCUCCUGACCCGUUUGUCUGUGCCAGUUGCCUCUACGUCAAGGGUGCAAUGCAUACCGCAGCGAAGAGAAAAGUCCCCCGAAACGGUACCCAAUCCCCAGUGCAGAUCCCGAAAGACCACUGUCAGUGUUCCGCUUUAAUCGGGAUACUCGACGCAAAAUUAGAGCGCCUUUCGAAGGCAUUGGAGGGAUCAGGCGCUAAGAAUGCAGCGACCUGGGCGAAAGUCGACAAGGAACUUUCCUUGCUGAACCAAUACCUCGCGAUGUCCAUACCGGGACCCAUGGCCGCGAAGAAAGUCAUACAACUUUCUGACGCGGCUAUAAAAACCGCCACAGCGUUUCUAGUGGACAGACGCCUAAGGGAAAACAGGCUGACAAUCUGGGGGUCACUCUCCGGAAAAAUCACGCAAGUGAAACUGGCACAGUCGAUACUCAGCAGGCCUGAUAAAGCGCUCCACGCAGAAUGGCUACGCCAGAAGGGAAGUAAGCGAACCCUUGGAAUUCUAGUCACACUUUCUUCCCCGUCCGACGUACAGGAAGUCUUGGAGCGAGCUGGCAGCAUUCAAAAGACCAACCCAAUGACCAGGCGCCUAUCUGAGGAUCGUCCUCUAGACGCGCGUAAGCUUGGUCACAACAGGUCAGGAGUGGAAGCACGAAACAGGCUUCCACCGGACACCAAACCAGAAGACCCCAAACUCAUCACCAAGCCGAUUGUGGUCAUAUCCCCCUGUGCCCCCGAAAGCUGGCCGACGAAACCAGCUGCGUCUCCGGACAGCAGUUUUUAUUCGACCACCACAGGCCUCUCGCCCACCCAAGGCAGGGACGCCCUGGAAGAGGCAAACCACACAUGCAAGCAGCGCCCAAACCACGUAGAGCUAUCAACGCUUAUCUCCGUAUCAGAGGGCACAGCUGCAGCCGCGCAUUCGUCAACAAAGUCACGGCCCCUGAACUGGAAUGAAUCAGACGUGCGGGGACAAGAAGCGAAGCCAACCUCCCGCUCAAAAGCGGUCAAACAGCAUGUGGACACAACCGUCGCCCAAGACACCGACACCCAAUGCCAUAAACAUGACUACAGCCAUCCGGAAAAUCCGGCGUACAUCCAACUUUCGAGUCCCCCUGAAGAUGACCAAGUCCUCGCACAAACGCUUGAGAAACUCUCCUCCAACUACAACUUUACUCAUCUCCUGCUGUCAGCCAAUAUGAAACUUGAGUGCUGUCGCUUUCUUCUUCAAAUGUUUUUUCUAAUUUUGUUAGUCUUGUAUGGAUUCGUGAGCACAGUGCGUGGAAUCGAUUCGUGCACGGAAAUUACGGAAGCCGCACAAAGGGACGCGAUCACAUACCUCCCUGGCUUAAGCGAGCAGCCAAGUUUCAAACAAUAUUCUGGGUAUCUGAGUGGUGAAACUGACAACAUUCAGCUUCACUACUGGCUGGUUGAAGCUACCCAGGCUCCUGACGAAAAACCUUUACUCUUGUGGCUGAAUGGAGGCCCAGGCUGCUCAUCUCUCGGCGGGCUUAUGACGGAAAAUGGCCCGUUUACUGUAAGAAAACAAGGGGUUCUGGAAAACAAUCCAUACUCAUGGAACCGAUUCGCCAAUGUUCUGUAUUUGGAGUCCCCAGGGGGUGUCGGGUUCUCCUACGUGAAAGACAGAAAUUUGACUACUGAUGACGAUUUCACUGCAAUAACAAACUACCACGCGCUGCUGAACUUCAUGGAAAGGUUCCCACAGUACAAAGGACGCGAUUUUUACAUCACUGGAGAAAGCUAUGCUGGGGUGUACGUCCCUUUGUUGACUCUGCGUUUGUUGGAUAACAAUUUCAAGGACUUAAAUCUUAAGGGAAUCGCAGUGGGAAACGGUUACCUCAAUAAAAAAUUCAACGACAAUUCUUUCCUCUACUAUGUCUAUUACCACGGAUUGAUAGAUGAGAACUUGUGGAACGACCUGCUUGCGAGCUGUUGUGCCGACCGGUGCUCGAGUAAAUGCAUGUUUUCCGAAAAUCAUUCUGUGCAAUGUAUGAACGUGAUUUCUACCUCGAACACCGCUACCGAUGGUUUGGAUGUUUACAACAUUUACGCCCCAUGUGAUGGUGGGGUACAGACUCCUCUUGGAAGACGAUUUGUCCGCCCAAGAAGGUCGUUUCGCUUCGUUCCGGAGAAGCAACUUUUGUUCCGUGAUAACACCUUUCUGAAAAUGAAUAAUGCGUCUUGGUCACUUGGAAGCCGGUCCAUUACUACUUGCGUUGACGAUACAAAUCAGAUGGUUUACUUCAACAUGGUGGAAGUCAGGCAAGCACUUAAUGUGGAUGUUCCUGAGGUAGACAGCUGGAAUAGUUGCAGUGAACAAGUGGCCGGAUCAUAUACAAUGACUUACGAUGCACUGCAAGCGCAAUAUAUGAAGAUUUUGGCCUAUAAGGUUCCAACACUCUUAUAUGCUGGGGAUGUUGAUACGGCUUGCAAUUACCUUGGGAUUCUUUGGUUCGUAGAUGACCUUGGGUUGAAGAUGCAUAAACCGAUGAAGCAAUGGCUGUACAUGGAUAGAGACGGAACGAGGCAAGUUGGCGGACUUCAGAAGACACUAUACUUAAAUGAAACACCCUUAUGGUACGUAACUGUACGUGGAUCUGGGCAUAUGGUACCCCAAGACAAACCUGUGCCGGCCUACCACCUGAUAACGCAGUUUAUCCAGGAAAUUUCCCUAUAAACACACUAUCGACUGAUCAAUGUUUUGAUAAAGAUUUCCACACGACGUAUAUGAAAACGCUACAUAAUUCCAUGAUUUCUCUAAUUUGGCAUGCAAAUGAGGACUAGUUUUGCUGUCUUCGAUGUUUGAACACACUCUACCUUUUUACCCAGCUGGAGUUUGAAACUGGUUAUUGCCUCUUUCUUGAUAAAUGCAGUUGUGUCAUUCCGAUAUUUCGACUAUGCAGUUUGCUGUUUGGGCUGACGGCUGCAGGAAACCAAUCGUUCAUUCGGCUUUUGUCUUCUUUCACUUAUGUUCUGAAUAGUAUCUAUAAUUGUUUUAAGGUGUCUAGCGGCGUCUCCGAGGAGUGCUGUUCAGUGGAACAUCAGAUUGUCACCUAUUCAUACUUAUUCA